AUGAGUUUAAAUGAUUCGUCAUCUAACGCUCAACACCAGAACCAGAACCAGAACCAGAACCAGCCCCAACAACAACCCCCACUGCAUAGUGACAGUAACAACAUUUACGCUUCCAAUUCACCAACACUAGAUCACAAUGAUAGCAACACUGCACUUGGAACCGGAGUACAAGGAGUCAGUCAUAGUCACAACGGGAGCAGUAAUGACUUAGCCAACAGCAAUAACAGUGAUAGUAAUAAUGGUAACGGCCACGCCGGACAAGUUCCAAACACCAACACCAACACCAACACCACCGGAAACGACUCCCAGAGCAUACAUAAGCAACCAAACGCACCCAACAGUGUCAGCAACAAUAGCAGUAGUAAUGUCAACUCCAAGCCUAACCUAAGUAGUCAAAAUAACUCAUCAACCUCAAUAACUAGAAAAGUUUCUCGACACGCACAUAAAGACGCUACAACAAAGGGGAAAUACAGUCUCAAUGAUUUCCAAAUCUUGCGGACUUUAGGAACAGGGUCGUUUGGACGAGUCCAUUUGACCCGAUCUAUCCACAAUGGACGGUUCUAUGCCAUGAAGGUGUUGAAAAAAGAGAGAGUUGUAAAUAUGAAACAAGUUGAACAUACCAAUGACGAACGAAGAAUGUUGAAGUUGGCUCAACACCCAUUCAUAAUUCGAAUGUGGGGUACUUUCCAAGACUGUCAUAACUUGUUUAUGAUUAUGGAUUACAUAGAAGGUGGUGAGUUGUUUUCGCUUUUGCGUAAAUCGCAACGGUUCCCCACACCAGUGGCCAAGUUUUAUGCAGCAGAGACUUUUUUGGCUAUUGAAUACUUGCACAAUUUGGACAUUAUCUACCGUGAUUUGAAACCAGAGAAUAUCUUGUUGGAUAAGAAUGGACAUAUCAAAUUGACCGAUUUUGGAUUCGCCAAAGAAGUUCAAGAUGUCACCUAUACCUUGUGUGGUACUCCUGAUUAUAUUGCUCCUGAAGUUGUUGCCACUAAACCAUACAACAAGUCUGUCGAUUGGUGGUCGUUUGGAAUUUUGAUUUUCGAAAUGUUGACUGGCUACACACCAUUUUACGACCCAACUCCAAUGAAGACGUAUGAAAAUAUCUUGAAUGGAACCAUAACGUACCCCGAUUACUUGCCCCCUGAUAUCUUGGAUCUUUUGCAAAAGUUGAUUGUUAAGGAUUUAACUCAACGAUUGGGUAAUUUGCAAGGUGGGUCAAACGAUGUCAAGAAUCAUCCGUGGUUUAAAGAAGUUAUUUGGGAACGAUUGCUUUCGCGUGAUAUUGAAACUCCGUAUGAACCGCCAAUCACGUCCGGUGUGGGAGAUACUUCGCAAUUUGACAAGUAUCCUGAAGACAAGGAUUUGGAUUACGGGAUUAGUGGCGUUGAAGAUCCAUAUCGAGACAUGUUUCAGGAGUUUUGA